UAAAUGGACUUGACUCUCGAGUGCGCACUGCGCGUUUUACACAUGCGAGCAUGGUAUACAUCGCCUCCUGGCAAGAGUUUCAGGAAGCAGCUGAAAAUCUCUACACAAAUUCCCCGAACAAAGCUCGAUACUGUGUGAAGUGGAGAUCAUCAGAAGGCAAGCUCGUCCUAAAGAUUACAGAUGAUACAACAUGCAUAAAGUUCAAAACUUACUCCUCAAUAUUCCUCAAUCGAUUCGAAGCUCUGAAUCUAUCGUUGAUGCAGAAAAUGCAGAAUAGACGCCCCACACCAAUCGCACACGCCUUAGGUGCGCCCGAUACCACUAAAGACGCAGACCAGGCACGCUCUUCGUCUCCAUUAGUCCCACAACCUGCGGGUCCGGCAGCUGGAGGUGUUAAGAAGAAAAAGCCAAAGAAGAAAAAGUAAUGGUAACAGCGCUAGGCGAUUUCUGGUAAAUCCGCCGCAAUGACCCUGCUAUCCUAUCUUUGUCUGAUAAGCGCCACUCCGUUCAAUAGCAAAGUUUGGUGUAGCUCCCCCUCCUGGGAUGGACAAACGUGCACAGUUAUUAUCAGAGUGAGACCAACGUUUGUAGAUCUUAUUUGACAAUGUGCUGUUGAUCGGGUGAAUGCCCGAGCGAUCUUGAAUCGUUGAUCCGUUGAUCAAGCUACAUUGUCCUUGUACAAAAGGUACAAUCAUAGGUAAGUGAUCUAUAUGGAAACGAUGGAGAUAGGCAUACAACGUCUAGCUUCGGUCUCGCACAGGCUUGCUCAGAUUGUAAGUUACUAAUUAAACAACGGUGCAUUGUACCCAGUGCUAGCCCUGAUCUACCAAAUUGUUGAUAGUGUUAGAUGGCGAUGGCGAUGU